GCCAUCGUCUCUGUCUCCCUUUUAAAGCUCUGCCAUCGUCUCUGUUUAAAACUCUGUUCAAGAAUGGAUCAUGAUCAAGAAGCGGUACCAGAGGUGGAGAAAGCAGUCAUUGUGGAACAAAAUGCUGAUGAAAGACGUGGUUACGUGAUCACGCUCCAGGGUGAUGAUGAAGAAGCGGUACCAGAGGUGGAGAAACGUGUAAUCAUAGAAGAGGAUGUUGCUGGCAGGCGUUCUUACUUGAUCACACUUGAAGACAAACUGGAUCAAGAACAAGAAAAACUACUAUUGGCAUCAUGUUCUCUAGUUAAGAUUUACCCAUCCCUUGAUGAUGAUGAGUAUGCUGGCAUUGAAAGAAGCAUGGGGUGGAUGGAUUUUCAGAAGUUCUAUCACAAUUGCUUGAGUCACAAGGAAUCUGAAGAAGAAACUGAAGAGGAAACUCUCGCUAGAGCCCACCAACUAAGAAAUCUCUGGAUUGGUAAGAUGAUCUCAGCCUAUGAUGUGCCAGAAGAGGAACGUGGAGAUGUACCGUUUAAACCCUACAACGUCGAUGAUCUAGAGGCGGUAAAAGAAACAUUCGGAGAAGAUCUAUAUCGUACAAUACGUAAAGCUUUCCGCGAGGUACGUGUGGCGUUCAAGACUGGGGUUGACUACAAGCCAUGGAACAGAGGAGAGGGAAGAGAAGCGACGCUAAAUGAACUCUUGGACGCGCUUCCGAAGGUAGCUCGACCGCCUACUCAUCGCCGUCGUUAAGUUUACCGGCGAUGUUCUUGAAUUUCGAGUCUUAGGGUUCUUUUAUUUUGGACUGGGCUUUCAUUGCCUUUUGUUCGGCCUUUACUUUUUUUUUAUGGUUUGAUUUGAUACCAAAGCCGAACACAAUUUGGUACGGUUUCGGUUUAGGUUUAAAUAGUCAGGUUUAUAAACCAACCAUCGUUUGUUUGUAACAAGGGCCUCACUUUAAUCUGAUAUUAGAAACAGAGAGACUAAUUCAAGAUUCACAAAGGAAAACAAACUUCAAACCUAACAAAUCAUUGUAGAUUCAAAGGCAAGCACAUUGUUCAAUUCACAUGAAAAUGGCCUCUUAUGGGGGAAAACGUCAAAAAUCAUGAAUUUACCAAAAUUAUCCAAAAACCUCAUCUCACAAACACACCGUUUCGGUUCCUUCCGGGUUCGGUUCGAAUCGUAUUAUAAACAAUGUUCGAAAUCGCCCAAAAUACUUUUAAAAACUUAAAAAAUGACAAAAAAAUAUUUAAAACAUUCACAAAUCUAAUUAAAAACUAGUUCAACUAACUGAACUAACUAAAAAGUAUUCAAAUAUAAAUUAACAUUAAAAAUACCCUAAAACAUCUAAAUUAUCUUACUUAACAUAUAUAAAAAUAGUAACAUAUUUAACUAAUUUUAAAUAUUUUUUGAAUCCUAUUUUAGAUUUCGGUUCGGAUUGUAACCAAACACUAAAGUACCAAACCCUUAAAUGCCAUUGGAAUAUUUUUGUAUAUCAGUUCGGAUUGGAUUUCAUUAUUUUUGGUUCGUGUUAAGGUAGGUAGAGACUUCAGUUUGGGGUAAAAACGUCGGGCCUAUGCAUGGGGGUGAAAAAAUAUUGGAUUCAUCCUGAGAAUAAUCUGAUAUUCUUUUGGAUAAUGCAAUGGAUGAUGCUGAUAUUGGUUUGGUGGAGAGAGCAAUUUUUGUCUGUUCUUCUUGGAGCCCAUUUAUUACUCCUUUUUUGUUCAUCUUGGGUUCUUGUAAUGUCCAUUUGGUUGUUUCACUGUCCUAGUUCAACUAUUGCUCAAUAAUGACAGUUUUGAACCCUUGAUCCUGUAAUAAACUCAGCAACAAAAAGAAAAACAGAUUCUCUCAUAUGAUGCAAAUCCUUUCAGUAACUAACAAAGUACAGAUACGUUUGGUUCAAAUUAACAAGUACAUUGUUUCAUAUGAACACAGUUGCACGCACUGGAAAGAAUGCAAACACAAAGCAAAUAAUUAUAUUUUUUUAAGUACACACAGGUUCAAAGAAUCAAGUAAACACACACUUUUAUACUAGAGGAGGUCUUCAACAAACAGGGAUAAUCUAGAAUUCACAAAAGAAAGGAAAAAAAAAA